GGCGCCUAGGAGCCACUUUUAGUCGCAGACGCUGGCGAAGUUUUGUGCGGACGGGAGGAAAGUUUGUGCCGAGUGAGAGGUUUACGCCGGAUUUUUGUUUGCUAUGCGCUGACUUCGGGAGCGGCACACCGGCCGCGAUGGGUCCCUGGCUGCUGUGCUGCUUGCUGCCCGCCGCGAUGGCGUUGGAAGAAAUGUUGAUGAACACACGGUUGGAGACAGCAGAUCUGAAGUGGACGGUUUAUCCAGAAUCCGGGUGGGAGGAGGUGAGCGGCAGGGACGACGAGAUGAACACGGUCCGCACCUACCAGAUCUGCCGGGUCUUCGAGCCGGGCCAGAACAACUGGCUACGCACCACCUAUAUCCCCCGGCGCAGCGCCCAGCGGGUCUAUGUGGAGCUGAAGUUCACUGUGAGGGACUGCGCCACCAUCCCCAACGUCCGUGGCUCCUGCAAGGAGACCUUCAAUCUCUACUACUUCGAGUCAGACAGAGACUCGGCGACCUCUCGCUGGCCGGCCUGGAUGGAGAACCCCUACGUGAAGGUGGACACGGUGGCAGCCGAGUCGACCUUCCCCAACAAGCAGAACGGCCGGGCCAACACCAAGACGGUCAGCCUGGGCCCGCUGACGGCCAGGGGGUUCUACCUGGCCUUCCAGGACCAAGGGGCUUGCAUGGCCCUCCUCUCCGUCCGCGUCUUCUACAAGAAGUGCUCGCCCACCGUUGUCCACUUCGCCUCCUUCGCCGAGACGGUGACGGGCGCCGAGCACACCUCGCUGGCCGUGGCGCCUGGCACCUGCAUCCCUAACGCCGUCGAGGUCUCCAUCCCCCUCAAGUACCACUGCAACAGCAACGGAGAGUGGAUGGUGGCGGUGGGGGCCUGUACCUGCGCACCCGGCCACCAGCCCGCCGAGAAGAACACGGCCUGCAGAGGUUGUCCUUCAGGCAGGUUCAAGGCCAGCCAAGGCGAGGAGCCGUGCAGUCUCUGUCCGCGGAACAGCCAGGCCAUUGGCCAGGGUGCCACCUUCUGCACUUGCCUGCGGGGGCACUACCGAGCCCACAAUGAGCAGCCCGAGAUGCCUUGCACCACCAUCCCAACGAGGCCGCGGGACGUGCGGGCAACGGUGAACGACACCACGGUGAUGCUGACGUGGAGUGAGCCGCUGGACGCGGGCGGGAGGAGCGACCUGACUUACGGGGUGCUGUGCCGCCAGUUCCAGGAGGGCACUCCUCCUGGCCCGUGCGCCGAGGACGUCAGCUUCUCCCCCAGCCAGAGCAGGUUCAGGCAGCGGUGGGUGAUCGUCACCGGGCUCUGGCCCCACACCAGCUACGCCUUCGAGGUGCAGGCGUUCAACGGGGUGUCAAGCCAGAGUGUAUACCCGCCACGGUCCGCCACCAUCAACGUCACCACCAGUCAGGACGACCACCCCCUGGCCAUCAACAAGAUCGAGCAGACGACUGUGACCGAGAACAGCAUCAUCCUGCGCUGGCCCAUCCCCUCCGAUCUCAACGCACACGUCCUCGACUACGAGGUCAAGUACUACGAGAAGGAGAAGAACGAAUCCAGUGCCUCGCACGUCAAUAGCUCCACCAACUCCCUGGCAAUAGACGGACUGAGGAGCGGGGUUGUCUACGUGGUGCAGGUUCGGGCAAGGACAGAAGCAGGCUACGGAAGGUUCAGCAGAAAGAAAAGCUUCUUGACCCUGAGCACAGAGAGCUCCAGCCGCCGGGAAGACCUGUUCCUCAUCGGCAGUUCUGCCUCUGCCAUCUUUGUCCUGCUGGUGCUGGCUGUGGUGGCCGUGGUCUGUUUCAGGAAGCAGCGAAAGCGGGACCCGAAUUACUCAGAGAAGAUGCCCCCGACAGCUGCUCCGGGCAUCAAGGUUUACAUUGACCCCUUCACCUAUGAGGAUCCCAAUGAGGCUGUCCGGGAAUUUGCCAAGGAGAUCGAUGUGUCCUACGUGAAGAUCGAAGAAGUCAUAGGCGCUGGCGAGUUCGGAGAGGUGUGCCGAGGCCGCCUGAAAGUCCCGGGUAAGAGAGAGAUCUACGUGGCGAUCAAGACGUUGAAAGGCGGCUACACGGACAAGCAGAGGCGGGACUUCUUGAGCGAGGCGAGCAUCAUGGGCCAGUUCGACCACCCCAACAUCAUCCACCUGGAGGGCGUGGUGACCAACAGCUGCCCGGUGAUGAUCAUCACGGAGUUUAUGGAGAAUGGCGCCCUCGAUUCCUUCCUACGGCUGAACGACGGGCAAUUCACCCCCAUCCAGCUUGUGGGCAUGCUGCGGGGAAUCGCCUCGGGAAUGAAAUACCUGUCAGAUAUGAGUUACGUGCACCGAGACCUGGCCGCCCGCAACAUUCUGGUUAACAGCAACUUGGUGUGUAAGGUGUCUGACUUCGGCCUGUCCCGCUUCCUGGAGGAGAACUCCUCGGACCCGACCUACACCAGCUCCCUGGGCGGAAAGAUUCCGAUCCGCUGGACGGCCCCUGAAGCUAUCGCCUUCCGCAAGUUCACCACGGCGAGCGACGUGUGGAGUUACGGCAUUGUCAUGUGGGAGGUGAUGUCGUUUGGAGAGAGACCCUACUGGGACAUGUCCAAUCAGGACGUGAUCAACGCCAUCGAGCAGGACUACCGGCUGCCGCCACCCACGGACUGCCCCGCCUCCCUGCACCAGCUGAUGCUGGACUGCUGGCAGAAGGACCGCAACACCAGGCCGCGCUUCAUUCAGAUCGUCAGUGCCCUGGACAAGCUCAUCCGCAACCCCGCCAGCCUGAAGAUCGUGACCCGGGAGUUAGGAACACUCUCCCAGCCACUGCUGGACCGGGGUAGUCCUCACUACACUGCCUUCUCCAGUGCCGGCGAGUGGCUGAGGGCCAUAAAGAUGGGCCGGUACGAGGAGAACUUUGUCAAUGCUGGCUUCACGACCUUCGACCUCAUUGCUCAGAUCUCAGCAGAAGAUCUACUGCGAAUUGGAGUCACUCCAGCCGGACACCAGAAGAAGAUUCUCUCCAGCAUCCAGGCGAUGUUGAAACAGACGAGGCCACCAGCCUCUGCCCACAACUGACUGCCGCGGGCACCGCUGAGGAGCAAGGGUGGAGGAUGACUGAGGGGGUGAGUGGGACACUGCUUCUGCAGAGAUGGGCGCUUCGGGUGCCCACUCUGCCGUGCAACCCCCUCCACCCUCCCCCUCUCCCCGUUGGCCGAGGAUCUCCCGGACUUUUGGCCUUUAUUGUUUGCACUUUGAGGUCUCGGCUUCACCUCACCAUGAGCAGUCCCGGUUCCUGUGGCAACCGCUGAAACUCUUGGACCCGUCCGUGACCCUUCCCUGUUCCAGGAGGGGGGACUUUGGCCGAGCUGCUGGAGGAAGGAUGAAUUCUGAGACCCUCCCCACGUAGGCACAAAGAUGUCCUGAGGAGGCCGGAGUGGGCACAGUUGCACGCAAGAUGGAGAGACCAAUUGGCCUGUUGUCUUCAUAUUGAAGAUGAGCGAAUUUAACUGCACCAGUGGACUCCCAGUUUCGGGAUUGGCCUGGUUUCCCCAGUGGAGAUAAGAGAAAACAACAGUUGAAUAUUAAUAUUACUGGCUGACACAGACUGGGCUCCACCUCACUUCCAAGCCUGGUCCUCUUUUGUACUUUUGUAUUGUUUUAUAAUGUUUAAUGUAACGAUGUGGAAAGGGUGAGCGAUGGACACAGUCAAAUGAUCCUCGUUCAAGACUCCAAGGCCUCCAAAAUCCAGGGAUAGGGUCAGAUUUCCCUUUCAUCACUUACCCGAGAUGUCUUUUUCCCCUUUCCUGUCCUCCCUAUUCUUCUCUGCCCACUUUGCCCUCCUCAAAAUCGCCCUUCCCUCCCUCAAAUUCACACUUCCCUCCGUCCUUCAAUUCCUCCUUUCUUCCCUCACCUUUUUUCAGCAACCCCCAUCUUCCCUCUGUCAAACCUCCUUCCCUCCCUCAGUACCCAAUCUCUCCCUACCUUGUCUUCCUCCCUCAACGCCUCCUGUUCACCCCCAUGCCAGCUUGUCGUCUUCUGGCAACUGGCCGCUCGACUCCUCUAACUCCCUGCCCGCAGCGGUGUGAAGCCCAGCCAGAGAUGGAGAACUCUCACUGGGGUUAGAGUGGGGGGUGGGUGAGGGUGAGUGAGUGGGCAUGCUUCCAUCAGUAGGAGGGAGGAAGAGACAGCAGAGGGUGGUUGGGAGGGAGGGGAUGUGAAGGAACUUCCAACAAUAUGCUUCACUCUCAGAACCUGGGGUCACUUGCACAGAACCUCUCCUGUUGUGGUGAGCACCACACCCCGCCAAACAUCUGACCACCACCCAGGGGUGUCCGCUGUUGGGUGAGGUGACGCCCCUCCAUCUCCUGGAGGUAGCGGUAGUUCACGUGGUGGGGAUGUGGGGGCGGGUUGUUCCUUUGCUGGUUGGUCAGUUGAGGAGAGGUGUGAGAAGACCCCAUGAGAUUGACGAGGGGGUGGUGCUGAGGAGGUGUCAACAACCUCGGGAGGGGCAGGUUAAGAUCUCCCUCAGAACCUGGCCUACAUUGCCUUUUCUCUGUGUCUGGCAUGACCCGCACCCUAUCCACCACCUUAUUCAAGAUGGAGAGCUAGACCUGGAGCUGAGGGCUGCUCUUCCACUCUUAUUCAUGCCCCUGGAUUACUCAGGAGUUUAGUAGUGAGAAUCCUGCCAGGGAUCGUACCCCAAGGGUAACAGUGACACCACCUCUUUGACAUUAAACUUCUAAAGUUCAUUUUAACUUCC